AUGCGACGGCGUUUCUCAUGCCUCGUGGACGACGGUCUCGCGAACCUCAAUCAAGAUCUUGAGCGACUGAUGGCCGAGGGAGAGCUCAAUCACACAGGAUUCCUGGAUUUGCUCCAGCGGUGCGGUGUAAGCAGGGACGUGGGUCUUGGGCGACGAAUCCAGGCUUCGCUUUCCAAGCUCGGUGGCUUCGAUCGCGAUCGCUACUUCGGGAAUGUGCUAGUACAAAUGUUUGGAAGCUGCGGCAGUGUUGAGGACGCGAAGCUGGUGUUUGAUGGGAUCACACGGAAGAACUCCUACUCGUGGAACAUACUUAUGGGAGCAUAUGCCCAAAACGGGUAUAUCAAGACCGCUCGAUCUAUGUUCGAUAGCAUGAGAAAGAAAGACGCUGUUUCUUUUGACACCAUGAUCUCCGCUUAUGCAAAAGUUGGCGACUCCAUUCAAGCGAAACUUAUUUUUGAUUCUAUGCCCGUGCGAAACUUACUUUCGUGGAACACGCUCUUGAAAGCAUUUGCCCAUAGUGGAGAAUUCGUCGUUACAGCAGUGCUCUUUGACAAUAUCCCCCAGAAGGAUGUUUUCACGUGGAACACGAUGAUGGGAGCGUUUCUCCGUGAAUCUCAAGAGAAUCUUUUAAAGGAUCUGUUUGAUCGUGUUCCCGAAAGAACAGUAGUCUCAUGGAGUUCUUUGAUAGCCGCUUACGCACAAAAGGGGUAUUCGCAAGAAGCGAAAGAUGUGUUUGACAAGCUUCCAAAGAGAUCCAUCGUUUGCUGGACGUCGAUGGUCACGGCUCUAGCGAAAAACGGUCGAGUGGAAGAGGCUAGAAAUCUCUUUGAUGAGAUGCCAGAUCGAGAUGACAUGGCUUGGAGCACGAUGAUCGCGGCAUACACACAACACGAUCGCAUGGAUUGUGCAAAAGGUCUGCUGGAAGUCUCGCCAGAGGGAAGCAAAAGGCCGUGGACAGUGAUGAUCAGUGCUCACGCUCGGAAUGGAGAGCUCGAGGAGGCAGUAAAACUCUUCGAGAGGAUGCCCUCUCCGGAUAUGGUGGCGUGGACGGCAAUGCUGGGGGCUUUUGCGCAGCUCGGCCGUCUCCAAGAAGCCCGGAAGAUGUUUGAGAGAUUGGAGAAUCGAGACUCGGUGGCUUGGACGGCAAUCAUCGCUUCGCAUGUCCAGUAUGGACGAGUUCGAGAGGCUCUGGAGCUUUUUGGAUCGAUGGACCUGGAAGGAGUUCCAGUGGACAAAAUCACCUUGAUCAGCAUUUUCGAUUCGUGCCUCGAGCGUGGCUGCAUUGCCGAAGGCAAGAUCAUCCACUCAUCUAUUCUUGGCAAUGAUCUCGAGACCGAUGUCGCGGUUGGAACAGCGAUCUUCAACUUCUACGCUCGAACGGGGAAAGUUGGCGAGGGUAUGCCUCCCAACGAUGUAACUAUCAUGGGCAUUCUUGCAGCUUGUAGCCAUGCGGGGUGGCUAAACGAAGGGUACCAGCACUUUCUAGCAAUAACUCGAGAUUUUGGGAUUGGGGAGCCGGGCUGCGAGCACUUCGCUUGCAUGGUAGAUCUUCUUGGUCGAUCAGGACGAGUGGGAGAGGCAGAGGAGCUCCUGAAAGCAAUGCCGUUUGAGCCGAAUGAAGUUGCAUGGAUGAGCUUGCUUGGCGCUUGCAAGCUGCACAAAGACAUGGAUCGAGCAGCACGAAUCGCUAAGGAGUGUGAUAAUCUCGGUGGCAUCUACUCGGGCAAGGAGAAAGAGAAGGACUUUCCACUGUCUUCGUACAUUCUUCUUUCCAACAUCUUUGGAGAAGCCGGAAAGAUCCAGCGCCUUGCGCAUCAUAUGCCCAAGUAG